UUAGGGUCAGGGAUAAUUAGGUGAAACAUUAUUGCGAAGUCUAAACGUUACCAGUAAUAGGUUAGUUGUCGGACGUAGGUAGGCCCCAAUACUUUUUUUUAGAUUAGCCUAUUAUUAUUUAAGACACGUGUGCAUGUGCACGCUUACAAAACACCUUACGCAAAACACGAGGUUACGCAAACGGCUCAAAAAAGCGUCAACAGUUUAAACACCACAUUAAUAUAAUUAUUUUGAUUCAUCGUCCCGCAAAUGUAACUUUCAAUGUGCCUACGUCGAUCAUAUUUUUUGUUACACUAUCCAAGGACUCUUAUUCUGAAUGUACUGUCAGAUUUCAUAACGUAAGACUCUAGGCUUCAGAUGGCAUUACGCGCAGCACGCAAUUAAGUUUGGCUACCGAAACGCCUUGUUCCAUCAAGGCUGGUUUUGCACUGAGAUUCUGAAAAUGAAGCCGUUUUUCGCGGCUACCUUGUUAUUGUCAGUGGCAGCUGCGUACUAUGUUUACCUUCCAUUGCCUAAUACUAUAUGUGAGCCAUGGAAACUAAUGAUUCUGGAUGCUGUUUUCCGGAGUUUCAUGCAUAUGGGGGACUUGGCUCAUGACCUUGGCCUCAGCCACCACAUCCAUGUCAUCAAUUACUUUGUGACCAAAGUGGAGGUGAAGGGUCCUCAGUCCAGUAACACGGUACGGGUGACCGACACCUCCUUUGCUGGUGUGCCAGCUCGUGUGUUUGAACCAACCACACAAGUGAAGGAGCACCAUCUGAAGAGGGGUGUUGUGUACUUUCAUGGAGGUGGAUGGGCCAUGGGUAGUGGACGAAUGCGGUCGUAUGACUUGCUGUGCAGGAACAUGGCAGAAGAACUGGAUGCAGUCAUUGUGUCUGUUGACUACUGCCUGGCCCCAGAAGCCCACUUCCCCCAGCAGUACCAUGAUGCUCUAAAGGCUGCUACUUUCUUCCUGAGGCCCGAAGUUCUGGUGCAGUACUCCGUGGACCCAAAGAGGGUGGCCAUUUCAGGUGACAGUGCUGGGGGGAACCUGGCUGCUGCUGUGGUCCAACAGAUGGCAGCUGAUAACAGAACCGCCACCAAGUUCAAGGUGCAGGCCCUGAUCUACCCUGUGCUCCAAGCACUGGACUUUAACACACCUUCCUAUCAGCAGAAUGGAAACAUCCCCAUCUUGUAUCGCCCUGUCAUGGCCCGCUUCUGGCUGGAGUAUCUCAACGGCAGCUACAGCCUGGUCCCUCUCCUGCUGACCAACAACCACACCGCCCUGGACCUGACCAAGGUACCGGAGACCGUCAGGGCACGGGUGGACUGGAUGCAUCUGCUCCAGCCGGCUUUCCGGAAGGACUACCGACGAGUAUCCCCUGCCCACGGCAGCGCACAAGUGGUGGAGGAGCUGCCAGCUCUGCUGGACGUCAGGGCCGCUCCGCUGCUGGCGGAGGACGAGGUCCUGAGGGCGGUGCCACCCGCCUACAUCAUGACGUGUGAGCACGACGUGCUGCGUGACGACGGGUUGAUGUAUGCGCAACGACUGGAGGAGGCAGGCGUCGCGGUCACCAGGGACCACUAUGAGGACGGCUUCCACGGAUGCAUGGUGUUCUCUUCCUGGCCUGCCAAGUUCUCAGUGGGAACGCGCAGCAUGUGGAACUACAUCCAGUGGUUGAAGGAAAAUCUCUAAGUGACCAGAGAAUGUAGAUGAGAGAAAGGAGGAUGAGAUUAACCAAAUGAUUAGACUGAUAAAAAGUACAAUGUGUCAUUACAUGUCAUACUAACUCAAAAUUGACCCUCUGUGACACAGCAAGCUUGCAUCCACUACUUGUUUCCACUUGUGCAAGCUUGUAUCCACUACUUGUAACCUUGUAACUUUUUGAAUGAGGUUUAAAGCACAGGUAAGCUUGUAACCUUUUGAAUAAGGUUUGGUUUAAAACCUAAUGUCACAUUUUAAUAUCUUGAGAUUAAUUUAUUUAUUAGUGCAAUAUAUCAAUGCAA